CAGAGCCAGCAUUGGAUCUGUAGCGCUCGCAGUGGUGCUCACUCAUGUACCGCACCGCAGUGAGACAUUUUACCUUUUGCUAUAGCCUUUUCCACAACGGAGAACAUGUGCAUUUUCCAUGGAAACAUGCGUUUUUGACACUUUUACUAACUUUUGUAAAUCUUCAAUUGGACCCCUUUACCUUGAGAGAAAUAUGCCGGAGCGUAUCAACAUUUCGGAGUUUGUUGCUCUGACAAACGAGGACUUGGCUUCACCGGCUACCUCGAGUUUUCAGUCCAAAAUGAGUGAAUGUCGGAACACCGUUUCGGCAGUCGAAGAGUCCUUAGAGAUGGACCAGAGCACCUUACAGAGGAUGAAGAAGAUGAUCAAGGCCAUCCACAGCUCUGGACUAAGUCAUGUGGAGAACAAGGAGCAGUACAUCGAGGUUCUGGAGAACCUUGGGAACAGUCACCUGACCCAGGACAACAACGAGGUGUCCACAGGAUUCCUCAACAUGGCCGUCUUCACCAGGGAGGUCACCUCUCUCUUCAAGAACCUGGUCCAGAAUCUGAACAAUAUAAUCUCCUUUCCCUUGGAGAAUGUCUUGAAGAGUGAGCUUAGAGACAGCAGACUGGAGUUGAAGAAACAGUUGGAGAAGAGCUGGAAGGACUAUGACAUCAAAGUUGGGAAGUUGGAGAAGGAGAGGAGGGAGAAGAGCCGUCAGCCGGGCCUGAUCAGGAUGGAGGGAUCCGACGUGACGGAGGACAUGGAACGUGAGAGGAGGACCUUCCAGCUGCAGAUGUGUGAGUAUCUACUGAAGAUCCAGGAGCUGAGGGUACGUCAGGGUCCAGACCUGCUCCAGAGUCUCAUCAAGUACUUCCAGGCCCAGCUCAAUUUCUUCCAGGACGGCUUGAAAGCUGCCGAGAACCUUAGUCCCUUUGUGGAGAAGCUGGCUACAUCGGUGCACAUGGUGCGUCAGGACCAGGAUGAAGAGGUGAGGCAGCUCUCUCAGCUACGAGACUCCCUAAGACUGCUGCUACAGAUGGAGGGGAAGGAGGAGUACCUGACCAGAAAGAACUCUGGUAACGGCUACAGCAUCCACCAGCCUCAAGGCAACAAGAAGUACGGUACGGAGAAGUCAGGCUUCCUACAGAAGAGGAGUGACGGGAUUAGGAAGGUGUGGCAGAAGAGGAAGUGUGGUGUCAAGUACGGCUGUCUGACCAUCUCCCACAGCACGAUCAACCGACCACCGGCGAAGCUCAACCUCCUGACCUGUCAGGUGCGCCCCAACCCCGAUGAGAGGAGGACCUUUGACCUGGUCACACAUAAUCGGACGUACCAUUUCCAAGCCGAGGACGAGCAGGAAUGCAUGAUUUGGGUGUCGGUGCUGCAGAACAGUAAGGAGGAAGCCCUCAACACAGUGUUGGGAGGGGACCAGCCACAGUUCCAGGACUCCGGGCUGCAGGAGCUGGCCAGGGCCGUCAUCACCGAGCUCAGACACAUGCCCGGCAACGAGGCCUGCGCCGACUGUGGAGCCCACGACCCCACGUGGCUCUCCACUAACCUGGGCAUCCUGACGUGUAUAGAGUGUUCUGGGAUCCACAGGGAGUUGGGAGUCCACUACUCCAGGAUCCAGUCCCUCACGCUGGACAUGCUCAGCACCUCGGAACUACUACUGGCAGUCAGUAUAGGCAACACCCGCUUCAAUGACAUCAUGGAGGCCAAUCUUCCCAAUGAUUCCAUCAAACCCCUCCCCCAGAGUGACAUGAAUGCCAGGAAGGAGUAUAUCGUGGCCAAGUACGUGGACCGGCGCUACGUGCUGCACAGGGACCGGGAGGACGGUGAGCCGUGGCGUGUGUACGAUGCCGUGAGGAGCCGGGACCUGACCGCUCUGCUGCAGCUGUACGCCCAGGGAGAGGACCUGGCCAAGCCGCUAGCACUGCCUGAGGGACAGCAUCUGAGAGAGACAGCUCUUCACUUGGCUGUGAGACUGGAGGAGAGGAGCUCUCUAUCCCUGGUGGACUUCCUCAUACAGAACAGUGUCUGUCUGGAGAAGAGGACUCUAGAGGGGAACACUGCUCUACAUUAUAGCGCCCAGCACCACAAAACAGAGUGCCUCAAACUGCUGCUCAAAGGAAAGGCUGUCCUCCACACAGUGAACUCAUCCGGAGAGACGGCCCUGGACAUCGCCAGGAGACUGCAACACUCCCAGUGUGUGGAACUGCUAGAGCUGGCCCAGAGUGGGAAGUUCAACAGUCAGAUCCAUGUGGAGUACAUGUGGGAGACACAGAGCCAGGACCUGUACGACAGCGAAGAUGACCUGGAUGAGAGGGUGAACCCCUUACACAGGAGCCUACGCUCCCCUCUGCCCUCCAAAGCCUCGCCCUCCCGCUGGAGCUUCGCCAACGCCCCCGUGGCGUGUAAGACCUAUGAAAACGUGGACUUUCUUUACCGUAACCCCCCCAAUAGUGCUCCAUCUGGCGUCCUCAUGCCCCCGCCCCCUCUGCCCGCUAAAGCCAUCAUGAGAGGUCGCUCGGACCCCCAGAUCUCCUUGUCCACCCAGGAAGGGGUAAGCAGCAGGUGCAGCUGCUCCAACCCAACCCCCCAGUCCAGCCCCCCCUCCCCCAUGCUGGAGGGUCAGGGGGGACGACCACCCAAAUCACUCCACGGCCAGGGCAUCCUGGUGAGGGGGCAGAGACAGACCGCAGCCUGGGAGGGUCAGGCCAAUACUGGGUCAGGGUCCUCAGACAGAGACAGCACCAAGUCUAACAGUAGUUCCAGCUCCCCUCAGAACCACAUAGGACCUGUCAGCUCAGAGAAAACCACAUCGUACAGGCGGACGAGCAGCGGAGGACAAGGGAAGUGUUCUGUAGCCGUGACCUCGGCCGUGACCUCACCCAGCUGUGUGGCGCUGGGCAGCCAGGAGGAGCUGUACUGCAGCGUGGUACCUACUGGUCCCGCUCCCAGCGUCACACCUGCGGCCAAAUCCACCACCUCCUCCUCUCCGAUCACUGUGCGCCCUCGCAGAAACGCUAUGGUGUCUCAGAGGAGGCCUACCCAGAAGAGGGUCAAGGCCCUGGUGGACUGCAGAGCCGUCAGCUCGGACCAGCUGGCCUUCUUCAAGGAUGAGGUCAUCGUAGUCACAGCCACCGAGGACCCCCACUGGUGGGUCGGCCACAUCGAGGGCUAUCCAUCCAGAAGUGGGACAUUCCCUGUGAACUAUGUCCAUAAACUGGGGACUGACUAGUCAUAUACCGGACGCCCUAUCCCCUACCCUACCCUAGCCCCUACCCUAGCCCCUACCAUAGCCUAGCCCCUACCCUAGCCUAGCCCCUAGCCUAUCCCCUACCCUACCCUAGCCUCUACCCUAGCCUCUACCAUAGCCUAGCCCCUACCCUAGCCCCUAGCCUAUCCCCUAGCCUAGCCUCUACCCUAGCCUCUACCAUUGCCUAGCCCCUAGCCUCUACCCUAGCCUCUACCAUAGCCUAGUCCCUAGCCUCUACCCUAGCCUAGCCCCUACCCUAGCUCCUAGCCUAUCCCCUACCCUACCCUAGCCUCUACCCUAGCCUCUACCAUUGCCUAGCCCCUAGCCUCUACCAUAGCCUAGUCCCUAGCCUCUACCCUAGUCUCUACCAUAGCCUAGCCCCUAGCCUAUCCCCUACCCUACCCUAGCCUCUACCCUAGCCUCUACCAUAGCCUAGCCCCUAGCCUCUACCCUAGUCUAGCCCCUACCCUAGCUCCUAGCCUAUACCCUACCCUAGCCUCUACCAUAGCCUAGCCCCUAGCCUCUACCCUAGCCUAGCCCCUACCCUAGCUCCUACCCUAGCCCCUACCCUAGCCUAGCCCCUACCCUAGCUCCUAGCCUAUCCCCUAGCCUAGCCCCUAUUCUAGCCCCUACCCUAGCCCCUAACCUAGCCCCUAGCCUAGCCCCUAGCCUAGCCCCUACCCUAGCCUCUAACCUAGGUCCUACCCUAGCCUAGCCCCUACCCUAGCCUCUACCAUAGCCUAGCCCCUACCCUAGCCUGUCCCCUAGCCUCUGCCCUAGCCUGUCCCCUAGCCUAGCCUCUACCAUAGCCUAGCCCCUACCCUGUCCCCUACCCUAGCCUAGCCCCUAGCCUAGCCUGUCCCCUACCCUUACUACGUCACUUACCUAGGACACAAAAAAAGGAUGGAAUGGACUCUCUUGAAAGCAACUCAUUCAAAGACAACAAAAAAAUGCUUGCUCGCUUUCCUGGUUAUUUCUUGUGAGAGAAUAUUCUGAACCACUUUGAUGUGUUGUGAUCUGAUGACGAGAGACUCCCAUAAACUGUAAUUGUAUAUACAGACAGUGCACUUAAGGAAGUCGCCAUAAAGAAAGAAGGGAUGAAAGAGAUCAUAUUACAGGAAGGAAUGCCACCCUCACAACCCAACAGAAGAGAGUGAAAACGCCUCCCUCCGCUUUUGACCUCUAAUACCUGUAUGCUUUACAUCUGUAAAGGGAUGUUUUUAUCACACCUUACCGCCCAGGGUAUUAAAGGGAUGUUUUUCCCACACUUUGCUUCCCAGGGUAUUAAAGGGAUGUUUUUCCCACACUUUGCUUCCCAAGGUAUUAAAGGGAUGUUUUUACCACACCUUACCGCCCAGGGUAUUAAAAGGAUGUUUUUACCACACUUUGCUUCCCAAGGUAUUAAAGGGAUGUUUUUACCACACCUUACCACCCAGGGUAUUAAAAGGGAUGUUUUUACCACACUUUGCUUCCCAGGGUAUUAAAGGGAUGUUUUUACCACACCUUACCGCCCAGGGUAUUAAAGGGAUGUUUUUACCACAUUUUGCUUCCCAGGGUAUUAAAGGGAUGUUUUUACCACACCUUACCGCCCAGGGUAUUAAAGGGAUGUUUUUACCACACUUUGCUUCCCAGGGGAAAUUAUAAGAGCAACAGCUGUAGCCACAUAACUGCUGGAAUACCUGUGAUACAGACUGCCUGCGCGUGUGUCUGAUAUUAUAACCAUACCAUUGGAUUACCUGGCAAUGACAUACAUACAACACUGGAGUCUGGAGGAGUGAGAUCGUGUGCUGUGGGAGCCCUAGAAAAGAGGAUGAAUAGCCAGCAUUGUCCACUGCCUUCCUGGAAACUAAGGAGACUUAAGAGAUUCAUGCCAUGUCAGUCACGGUCGUCGGGACUCUGAGCCAGAUGCAAUGAAUACCUGCUCAGUGACCGGUGGCGAUUAUGUCUGGGGCUGGAACGACCUGGAACUGAAAGCGCAUUUGUGGCUGCCAGCCUGUCUCCUGGGGCUCCAGGGUUCUCUGGCUGCCGCUCUGAAAUGGAACCCCAGUGUCUAAACUGGUUUUGGGCCAGACUCCAGCUCUGACUUGGGGGGGGGGGGCGCCUGGCUGGAGCCUGGGUGAUUUGGUUUUCUCUGUCUCCAGAGGAGUCUGUCUUCCUACAGUCGGCAGGGGAAAGGAAGAGACUGUCACCGCAGUGAAAUACACAAAGCUGGGUUGUAUUCAGUAGGCACCAAAUGGACUGAAACACGAAAAGACUACCUGAACUUGUCCAAUAAGAAAUUCUAUUUUUUGUUUUAGUUUGCCCUAAUGAACAUGACCCAAGCCUAGUGCCUUUUUCCAUACAGUAGAUCUCGGUUCUGGGUCUAUACUAAAGGCAUGGACAGUUGGACACUUCCACAUUGUAAAGAAAAGAGAAGGUUGUAGAGAAUUGUAAAUAGAUAUUAUUACACCCAUGCAUUGUGAUGGAAGGAUUCCAUAUCGCUAACCAUAAGCUAGUAUUGAGACAUUAGUUGUUUUCCUAGUCUCUUGAGCACCAUAACUCUACAGUGUAAUUACAUUUUACUCGUUCAUACUCACAUCUGACCACUCCCAUUCAUAUUUGUCAUGUUCUGAAUCUGCAGUAAAGGCAUAUUAAUACAUUG